AGGGCUAUCGCCGAGAAUGGGUAAAAAGGACAAGCAUUCCAAGGGUGAUUUGGGCGAGGCCCAAGAGAGUGGGACAUUCCAUCUAAAGCCGUCUACCGCAGAACCGAGCCUCAAAUCUGACCAAUGGCCUCUUCUUCUCAAGAACUUCGACAAUAUGAAUGUGCGUACAAAUCACUAUACACCAUUGCCCGAGGGUUGCUCUCCUCUGAAAAGGGAAAUUAGGAAUUAUAUCUCUUCCGGAUUUUUCAAUUUGGAUAAGCCAGCGAAUCCAUCCUCUCAUGAAGUAGUCGCAUGGAUAAAGCGAAUAUUGCGAGUCGAUAAAACUGGUCACAGUGGAACCCUCGAUCCCAAGGUGUCAGGUUGUCUGAUUGUAUGCAUCGACCGCACCACUCGUCUAGCCAAGUCGCAGCAAGGUGCAGGAAAAGAGUAUGUGGCAAUCUUCAAGCUGCAUAAUCCGGUAGAGAGUGAGAAGAAGAUCAAGCAAGCCCUCGAGAAGCUAACUGGCGCUCUUUUCCAACGUCCUCCUUUGAUUUCUGCUGUCAAGCGUCAGUUGCGUGUUAGAACCAUCUAUGAGAACAAGCUGCUUGAGUUUGACAAAGAGCAGCAAAUGGGAAUUUUCUGGGUGAAGUGUGAGUCUGGAACAUAUGUUAGGACAAUCUGUGUUCACCUAGGACUUCUUCUUGGAGUUGGAGGGCAGAUGCAGGAAUUGAGAAGAAAUAGGUCUGGCAUUACCGACGAGCAUGACCAACUCGUCACCAUGCACGAUAUUCUCGAUGCGCAAUAUGUGCUUGAUCACCACAAGGACGAGACUUAUAUGAGGCGCAUUGUCCGUCCACUGGAAGCACUCCUUGUUGAACAUAAGCGAAUAAUCGUCAAGGAUUCCUCGGUCAACGCUAUUUGCUAUGGGGCUAAAAUUCUACUACCCGGUGUUCUACGAUAUGACGAUGGUAUCGAAGUUGGCCAAGAAAUCGUAGUGGUUACCACCAAAGGAGAAGCCAUUUGCCUCGCUAUCGCACAAAUGACAACAUCAACGAUGGCUUCCACCGACCAUGGAGUUGUUGCCAAGUCGAAACGAGUAAUCAUGGAACGCGAUGUUUAUGGACGAAAAUGGGGCUUGGGGCCCGUGGCCAGUAAGAAGAAGCAAAUGAUUAAGGAUGGGUUAUUAGACAAGUUUGGUCAACCAAAUGAAAAGACACCUGCUAAUUGGAAAGUAGUCGAUUAUUCGGCCGAAACGCCUAAGAUCAAAAAAGAAGUUGAGGUCAAGAAAGAAGCUGAGGAAACAGCAUCCCCACCAAAAGCGAAGAAGCAAAAAAAGCAAAAAGAACCCAGUAGUAGCUCUUCAGACUCGGAUAGUAGUGAGUAGAACGUCGCUAGUGUUUUUGUUAUGUUGUGGUUAUGUUGCCAAUUGUUAUAUAUGAGAUCAUCGACUUGAUAAUCCUUCAUACCUACUCGAGCUAUGUAAAUGCUGUUAUCUCUCGAAAAUAUCACCUGUUACGUUGUUAUACAUUGAUUGUUGGUUUAUGAUAGACGUUGUUGAAGAAAUGAUUGUGAUUGAGAUAUAAAUGAGAAACGUGUAAUUAUGAUGUUG